AUGGACAUCAUGAUGGACUAUUAUAAAGUUUUGGACAUUUCCCAAAGUGCCUCCAUGAAUGAUAUUAAACGAGCGUACCGGAGUAAGGUGCUCAGAUGGCAUCCAGAUAAGAAUCCAGAGAACAGAAAAGAAGCCGAGCAGAAAUUCAAGGAGAUUGUUGAAGCUUACAAAGUCCUUUCAGAUAAAGGUACUCGUAACCACCAUGAUGGAAGUAGCAAAGAUACUUCCAAAGGAACAAAAAAAGCUGAGGAUGAGAAACACUUAUCAGUAUUUGAUCAGGAUGGCAUCAAAAUAUUCUUCACAAGACAGCGUUCCUCUUCCGAUUUUUCUGUAUCGUUCUUCAGUGCUCCUAAAAGAUUCCACCACUUUUCUAUCAUGACUGCCAUCAUCAAUGGCAAAAAGAUCACAACCAAAAGGCAUCUUGAGAAUGAAAGCAAGUACUUGGAAGUUGAAGAAAAUGGGAAGACGGUAUCUAUCCAUGUUAAUGGGAUUCCAGUUUAUGACAGAGAAUUUAAUGGAUCAGUAGGAAGUUUGGCUUCAGAUUGCAGGUUGGACAAGGGACGCUAUCGUCCAAACAGGCGGCGUUUCUGGACUUAUGAAAGGCGGCAGUGGGCCGAUGAAUGGCGGCAGUGGGCAAGUAAAUGGAGGGACUGGGCUGAAGAGUGCCGUGAUUGGGCUGAAAGAAAUAACAAGACAAAAAAUCAGGAUAAUGCUGGGCAUCACCAGGCAAAUGCAUCAGAACAUCCAAAAGCUAGUCAAGAGCAUCUCAAGUCAGACAAGAAUUGUCCUAGGCCAGGAGGAAACCUUCAUGGAUUUCCCAUGCCAGGGGAGGGGAAAUGCGAUUCAAAAGAAGGCCAUAGCAAAACAAAUAAAGGAUCACCUCAGUCAGAAGAGGAACACUUCAAGCCAGAUACAGGAUACUUUGUUUUUCCAAAACCAGGUGAGAAAAAUCCUCAGGUGGAUGAAGGGCAUCCUAAGUCAAGCAAGAGGCAACCCAAACCAGAGGAAGGGAACAUUUUGAGAAACGUUGGUAUUGUUAAGUCAGGGGAUGGACCUGCAAAUCAGGAUGAGGGACAUCAUAGAACAAAAUAUGGAAAGCCAAGGUCAGAAGAUGGUCAGGCCAGGCCGGGGAAAAUGCAUCUUGGAUUACAGAAAUCUGACCAGGAAUCUCCCAGUCCUAAAAAUUCAGAUCCCAGGGGCAAUGUCACUCCUAGGAAACACAUUUCUGAAUGCAACUCUCAGGCUGAGACAGGUGAACCCCACACUGAGAAACAGGAGCCACAGUCGGAAGGAAACAAGAGCCAUGCUGUGAACCUUGAAAAGAAAGAUCUAAAGGAUGAAAAAUUGGAAGUGGAAGUCCAGAAAGAUGGGAUUCCAUUAGAGUCUGAAUCAGAGAAGAGAAUCAAACUGAAUGUUCAAGAGAUAAAGUAUUCUCUUGAUCCCAAACAGGCUCGUGAAGGACAAGGGUCUGGCUCUAGUGCCACAAGGUUGUACCUGAAAAGGAAAGAGCUCCAAAUCCAGACAAGAAAACUGUAUGCCAAAAGAAACAAGUCUCAAGUUAGGACCAAAAUAUCCUACAGCUUUAGGAGGAACAAAACUCAGGCAGGAAAACACAGGAUCCCUGAUGGGCAUAAUAGAAGAGAGUUGGAAGGGAAAUUCUACUUUAAUGAAUGCAUAGAGAUGAUUCCGGUUGGAAAGAUGUCACCUGCAGGUAAUAAGUAUCUUCUCACAAGUAGAAAGAAAGGCCCUCUACCACCCCUCCAAAAAGGUGAAACUCCUUCCCAGGCAAAAAAGAGGCUGCCCAGAAGAAGGACAUAUCCCUCAUUUGAAAUUCAGAGUGAAAAGCUUCAUUCUUCCUCUGAAGCCAAACCGCCUUUGAACACACAGGGCCAACAGCAAAGGAAGAUGACAAAAGUGCCUUGGGUCAGUGGACACCUUCCAAGUAUUCAGGGUCGGAAGUUUGGAACAAAUCAGUUCCCAAUUAUGAAUCGUUGA